AUGAGUUCUAUAAUAGAUAUAGCACCAGGUAUGGCAAGAGGACUUACGAUAUUCUUUGGAGUUUGUUUUAUUAUCAUGGCAUUAGUUUAUGUUUUUGGUAUAAUUGCAUCUGCGUUCGGAUCACCAGGAGGAAUCCGUAUUUUUUCGAUAAUAUUAUGGACAUUUGUGGUGUUUUAUACUAUAAUUUCUAUCGUAACAAUAAUCAGUCUAGCGACUAAUCGACAAUCAGAGGUUGAUCUAUGUACGGAAGAAUAUAAACCGCAUUGUGAUUCGAAUGUAACGGCAAUGAUUUGGAUUAGAUGUAUUUUGAUGUUUAUUGAAAUUUUAUUUGGGAUGUAUUUCGCUGGGGUUGCGUCUAGAUUGGCCCAAAAGCUUGAAACAAAUUACCGUAUGAGACAUAAACAUAAAGGUGUGGCUAGAUCAUCAUCAGUAUCUAUACAAAGUGUUUCAAGUAAUGAUUAUAACCCGCAUGCUACAACUAAAAACACCUAG